AUGGUGCGCGCUGCUGGAGUGGAUGGACCCACUGGUGCCGUCCCGCUGUUUACGCCAAUCUUGCCACCCAUGAUCGAGUCAGUCUCGCACGAGGCCCUUGUUCGAUGGAAGCGGAAAAGACGCGACUACGAAUCCAAGAUGCAAGCCCGCUGUCGAGUGACUGGUGAAGACUACGAGGCAGUGGUGCAGAGUAUCAAGGAUUCUUUUCAACCUCAACUACUUGAUGUAUUCUGCGAUCUACAGCUCAAUAACGACACGCUCCCCGACAUCAAGGAGUUGUUUAAGCGGAAGCUGGUCAUUAACCUACGUGAAAGCGAUGUGAAUGCUCGGUUGAUGGACUACUACAAGACUUUCAACUCUAUAGUGGAUGAGAACGGUCUCACGGAAUGCUUCAGCGGGCCCAAUGGCACGAAAGAGAAUGCAAGGCGAAUGAGUUGGAGCGUCAACACGUGCGUCUGA